UAAUGCAAUUUCAUUAUAUCAAGAAAACUUGUAUUUUAAGUCAAUUUUGAAAUAUAUUUCCUUCAGGGGUGUAUUUCUGGCCUAAUGAAGACUUCUUGCCUGUGAUUGAAGUCGAUGAAACAUAUCCUAAUUGUAUAUAUAAUGAUUUUCACUGGCUAAUGAAGGUUGCCUGAACAUGGGAUGAUGUCAAAUCUCUUCGACAGGAUAUGGAGAAAAGCCUCAGCUCUUUUACUGUACAUUUUCGUAUCAAGUUGUUACAAGCAGCUGCUCAAAUGCAGACUGCUUUGUGUAUGCAAGAUCUUGGGCAACUCUUCCACAGACCAAUAAAGAAUUCUCAGGGAACAUUAGUGAUCUCCACAGUGAAUUAUGUACUCUCACCAAAAUGUGUAUCUGUUUUGAACUCAAGAUGGCUCCCAUUAAGUAAAGUGGAAAAGAAACUGGCUACUCAUGAGAAACCACAUGUGGGGGAAUUGCUUACGGCACAGAGAAGAAUAGGAGUUCCUAAAGCAACAGAGUAGUCAAAAGCCUUUCAGCAAUUCAUCGAGUGAAACUACUAGCAUAGCUUCAGGAGAUGAAGGUUCUUUGGAGGAAACCCAGGAAAAUGCAUCCUUAAGUCAAGGAACAGAACAACGGCGAGUAUUUGUAGAACUCGUUUGCAGCUACUGCAAGACAAUUAUUUUCAUACAUGGAAGUUUCCAAUCAAGAAGCAUUGGCUCACAGGCUUUAUGAUGUGGAAGUAGUUGAUUUGAGCCCAGAGGUUUCAUUUUUAAUCAUUGUCCCUCCCGCUCAAUCUGCCUGUGCUGUUCCUGGGCAAAGAGAUAUUCUUCUUCAGCGAGGAGAUUUAGCUGCUUUACCUGUUUAAGUAUUUGAAAUGGUUCAUCUGGGUACCUAUCAGCGUGAUGUAAUAUCCCGGUAUUCUCGUCUUAGCUGCAUUCUUGAACUAGAUACUGUACUUGCUCAACAUAAUCAUGGAGAGGCUUUUCCUUAUCUGAAGUAGCAGCUGCCAAAGACUGCCUGAACCAGCUUCAAGAGUUCCAAGGGCAGUUGAACACAGCAUGGAAAGGCACACGAUGGCUGAUGGAAGUUUUAACUUUUGCUCGAGACAGAGGUUCCAGUACAGGAUCUGGUACUCCAGGUGUUGCCAUGCGCCAUCUCCUGACCAUCAACAGCACCAGCAGUCCUGCUACAGGGUCAGAAAAAGAUCUAAAGAGCACUCCUUGCAUCAAACAAUCAGGAAGCGGUGAGGGCAAUGGAGUAGCCAGCAGUUGCAGCCUCAAGAGAAGUCUCCUCCAGUUGCCUCCCAGAGACCCUAAGUUAGUGAAAUCAAG